AUGGGGAAAGACAAAAAGAAGAGUAAAAGUAGAAGUAGGUCUAAUAAAAAGAAAGAAAAGAAAGAAAAGAAGGAAAAAAAAUCAAAAGCAAAGAAAGAUUCAAUAAGAAAAGAAUCAAUAAAAAAGAAAGAAUCAAUAAAAAAGGAGUCUUAAAAGAAAAAUAAAAAGUAAAAAGAAUCAAAAAAAAAAGAUAAAAAAAGUAAAAAGAAAAGCCAAAGUCCAUCUCCAAUAAAUGCUUAAAAAAAAUAAGCUUAAGAUGAAUAAAAGUUAAAAGAUGACGAAUAAAAACGAUUGUCUAGAUUAAUGAAAGCUAAAUUGAUUAAAUUUUAAAAUUCAGAUGAUGAUGAUGAUGAUGAUAAAAAAGAAUUUGUUUAUAAAGAUCCUGAAGUAAUUGAACCAAUUCUACCUCCAGAUGAAUAACUAAUAUAUGAUUGGUCAUAAAGAAAUUAAGAAAAAUAAAUAUAAGAUGCAUUAAAAAAAUGUAGAUUGGUGGGAGAAAAAUUAUUUUAUGAUUCUGAUGGAAUUGAGGAAGAUGACAAUCCUGAAGAAUAAUUUUAAGAUGAAAAUGGUAAUGAUAAUAAAUAAGAUGUUAAAAUAUAAGAAGAAGAUGAACAUGAAGUUUAGAAACCUGUUGAAAAAGUAGAUAAAUAAUAAUAAGAAAGAUUUUUGAUAGACAAAAAGACAUUAAAUAAUGAUAGUGAUAGUGAUAGUGAAGAUGAAAAUGCUUCUAAAGUUAAAGUCUUUACAAAAAAUCUUUAAUCUAUUUCUAAAUUAAAAGAAUUGCAAUAACAAUAAACUUAAUAAUAAUUCUCAAGACCAUAAAUAAAACGAAAAUGGAGAGAAGAAUAAUAUGAUGAUCAAGAAGAGGAUCCACUUGAAGCAUUUAUGAGAUAAGUUGAAAGUAAUAAAUUUAUUUUUAUUUUUUUAGCUGAAGCAACAUAAUAAGCAGAUGAAGAUGAAAGAAGAAGAAAAGAAGAAGAAGAAAAGGAGAAAAAAAGAAAGUAAGCCAUUGAAGAAGAAUUAAGAAAAUUAAAUGCUUAAAAAGUAAUUACUUAUGAGGAUAUCAUAUAAAAUAGUAUUAAUUAAAAUAAUGAAAAAAAAAAUACUAAUGGAAUGGAUAUUGAAUAAGUGUAGGAAGUUUAAAAUUAGUAAAAAGAGGAAUUGGAUUAAUAAAUUAAUGAAGAAGACGAAGAGGAUAAUAAGUUUUAUGAAUAAUUUAUGAAAGAAUUAAAGAAGAAAGAAUUAGAAGAAAAGAUGAGAUAAAGAGAAGAUGAAGAUGAAGCUGAAGAUGUGGAUUUAGAAUAAUAAUAAAUGUUAGCUUUAUUGGAAGAAGAACCUGAUAUUUUUGACAAACAGAAGAAAUUAGAAAAGAAAGAAUUAAAACCAGUUGAUCAUUCUACAAUUGAUUAUUAACCUUUUAGAAAAGAUUUUUAUAGAGAGGUAAGUGAAUUAGUAUAAAUGACAGCAGAAGAAGCAAAAAAAUUAAGAUAAUAACUAGGUGAUAUUAAAGUGAGAGGUAAGGAUGUACCAAAACCAAUUUAAAAUUGGUAUCAAUGUGGAUUAAAUGAUAGAAUAUUAAAUGUAUUGAUUGAGAAAAAGAAAUUCUUAAAUCCAUUUCCAAUUUAAGCUCAAGUAUUAAUUGAUACAUGAUUUUAGGCUAUUCCUUGUAUAAUGUCAGGUAGAGAUUUUAUAGGUAUUGCUGAAACAGGAAGUGGAAAAACAUUAGCCUACUUAUUACCUCUUUUAAGGCAUGUUCUAGAUCAACCAGCUUUAAAAGAUGGAGAUGGCCCUAUAGCCAUAAUAAUGGCUCCAACAAGAGAAUUGGCACAUUAAAUUUAUGUAAAUUGUAGAUGGUUUACUUCUAUUUUAAAUUUGAAUGUUGUUUGUUGUGUUGGAGGAGCUGGAAUAGCUGGUUAGCUGAGUGAUUUAAAAAGAGGAACUGAAAUAGUUGUGUGUACUCCAGGACGAAUGAUUGAUGUUUUAACAACAAGCAAUGGGAAAAUAACAAAUCUAAGAAGGGUAACAUAUGUAGUAAUAGAUGAAGCUGAUAGAAUGUUCGAUUUAGGUUUUGAACCAUAAAUAUGUAAAAUAAUACAAAACAUCAGACCAGAUAGACAAUUAGUCAUGUUCUCAGCUACAUUCCCAAAAAAUGUUGAGUAAUUAGCCAAAAGGUAUUAAUCAAUUAGUAUAUUUAAAGGGUCUUACGUAAACCUAUAGAAUGCAUAGUAGGAGGAAGAGGAUAAGCAGGUGGAAAUAUUGAAUAAAUAAUAGAAUUUAUGGAUGAAUCAGACAAAUUAUAUAAAUUGUUGCUUCUAUUUUAGGAAUGGUAUACAAAAGGCAGUAUUUUAAUAUUUGUGGAAAAACAGACAGAAGCAGAUGAUUUAUUUAAGGAAUUGUUGAAAUAUGGAUAUAAAUCAUUUGUUUUACAUGGAGGAAUGGAUCCAUAAGAUAGAGAAUUUACAAUACAUGAUUUUAAGAAAGGAAUAAGAACAAUAAUGGUAGCAACAUCUGUAUUAGCAAGAGGAUUAGAUAUUAAACAUAUUUGUUUAGUAAUAAAUUUCAGUUGUCCAAAUCAUAUGGAAGAUUAUAUACAUAGGAUAGGAAGAACUGGAAGAGCUGGUUAAAAAGGAACAGCUAUAACAUUUUUUACUCCUUAAGAUGAACAUCUUGCUAAUGAUUUGGUUUAUUUACUUGAAAAGAGUGAACAAUAAUUACCUGAGAAACUUAAAGAAUAUUAGAAGUCAUUUAUGGAAAAAGUUAAAGCAGGAGAAGCUAAAAUUUAUAGAAAUAAAAAUAGAGCUGGAGGAGGAUUUACAUUUGGACCUGAGGAAGAACAAAAGUUUUAGGAUUUUAGGACAUAAAUGAGAAAAAAGUUUGGGUUAGAGGGUUUAAUGAUGGAUGAAUAAUCUUCAGAUGAUGAAAAAGUAUUAGAAGAAAUUGCUAAAGGCAAAUUAAGUGAAGAGUAUAUUUUAUAUUUAUUAUUUUAGAGAAAGAUUAAAAAAAUAAGAAGAAAGAGAUAGAGUUGAAAGAGAGAGAAUUAUGUAAUUGAUUAAAGAUCCUGCUUUGAAAUCUCAAAUAUUAUCCGAGGCUACAAAAGCAGCUAAUUUGUGUAUCAAUUCUGGAGGAUCAAGAGAAUAAGUAGCCAAUGCAGCAAUGGAUGCAAUAAAAAGAGUAUUAAAAUAGCAUAGCUAAGUUAAUAAAUCAAUUGAAGGAGGCAUAGAAGAAGCAAUGCAAAUAAUUAACGAAUUUGAAGAAAGAGAGAGAAAUAAUCAUGAUUUUGUAAGUUAUGAUUUUGAAAUUAAUGAUUAUCCAACUUAAGCUAGAUUGAAAAUAUUAAGCAAAGAAUUUCUAAAUAUGAUUCAUGAACUUACUAAUUGUUAAAUAUCAUAGAGAGGAAGUCUUGUAGAACCUGGUAAAAAGCCAUUACCUGGAUAAAAGAAGUUAUUCUUGAGAAUAGAAGGUGAAAAUGAAUAUUUUGUAAUGAGUGCCUAUAAAGAAAUUAAACGUAUGGCGUAAGAUUUAACUCUCAAUUAAAUUCAAGAUAAUUAUGCUGGUAUUCAAACAAAUUCUAAAUUAAUUUGA